UUCAAAGUAGUUUUUAUUUUUUAACACAAAAAUGAAUAUCUUAACGCCAAUAUUCAAUGGUCCAACUAAAAAUAAUUGCAUCAAGAAUUGAGCAUCCGAGACAGACCUUUUCUUUUCGUUUUUUUUUUCAUCAAUUUCUCUUUCUCUCUCCACCAUCCAUUUUCUUCGCACCCAGGAGCAAAUCAAGAAUCUCAUCAUGGAUCCCUACCAAUUCUACACCGGUGAAAAGCCAUCACCACCGCCUCUACAGUCGUCACAGCAACCACUACCACGACCACCACCACCACCACAAAAGAAACAGAACCAAAUCCAAGGUCCACGUCCUACAGCCCUUAAAGUACAUCACGACUCGCACAAAAUCAAGAAACCACCGCUUCCGCCUCCACCACAACAGCCAGUGAUCAUCUACGCUGUCUCUCCAAAAGUCAUCCAUAUCAAAGAAUCUGAAUUCAUGACCGUCGUUCAACGCCUGACUGGGCUCUCCUCCGGUGACUUCUCCUCCGGGGACGGGCAAGUAUCACCAGCUGCGAGACUAGCUGCCACAGAAAAGGCAAGUCCAAGGGAAAGAAACCCUAACAAUAGUAACCCUGAUGAUGGCGGUAGUGAUAAUGAUCUUAUGGCUAUGAUAGAGAGUGUCGAGAUUGGUCAAAUUCCGGGGAUACUAUCACCGGCACCGGCGAUGUUAUCUCCGGUACCACCUGGGUUUUUCUCUCCGAUAACAGACCCAAAUUUCUUUAAUGAUGUUAUGCUGAGUUCUAGUCCAUAUGGAAAUAAUUACGGCAGCAAUUUUAUUCUUAGUCCUUCAAGUUUAUUAUCAGCUUCUAAUAUACUGUCUCCGUUACCUUCACCUGAUCUCUUUAACCUUCUUAUGGACUUGUAAUUAACCAAAAAGAAAAAAGAACGGUGGUGGGUGCUCCUCAUGUUAUUGUAUUGACCAAGAAAAACAGGGAAGAAAGAGGCUGGAUACCAACAUAUUCUUUGAGUUGACUGACUUUUGUUCUUGAAGUAUAGUAGAAGAAAAGUAGCAAGAUCAAUUCUAUUGUAAAAUCUUCUUUGUAAUUUUUUUUGUAGAGGUGAAGGUUGUAUUCUUAUUUAUUAAUUAAUGGCAAGUGUCAUUAUUGUAGAGUUGUUUUUGUUUUUGUUAGGGCUUAUUUAAUGGCUUGAGCCUUUUGAGUUUGAGGAUUGGGUGAUUGAA